AUGCGCGGCCACCCAACCAUCACCCUGCUGCUCUUGCUCCUCGCACAACAAUGCAUCGCAUCAACUAACUCCUUCUACUUCUCCUUCCCCAGCAAAACCGAUGACGUCCCUCUCGUCCACAACGGCGACACACUAAACGUCACCUGGUUCUCCGAAUACAAUCAAGCCGUCCUAAACUUCUGGUGCGGCACCACGCAACGUAUGUACUUCCCCAACCACUCCUCCUCCUCCUCCCUCCCCCCUCCCCGCCCGCCACAACAACAAACACUAACCCUCUCUCCCCGCCCGACAGUCGAAGUCAUCAACGGCCUCUCCGGCAACGGCAACCGCGUCUACACCGUGAACACGACCUGGACCGGCAAGUGCCACUGGCAGCUCGCCCAGCAAGACGACGCCGACCGCUACGUCGACAGCGGCUUCGUCGACGUCACGAACGCGAAGGCCACACCCGCUCUACUCUGGAAGCCGUCGGCCGCCGGCACCGCUUGCUCCGUCGCUGCUCCCUCCUCCUCCUCGUCGUCGGCGUCUAGCACCGCUGCCGCAACCACAUCCGCGUCCCCGGUCAUCACGAACUUCGUCGUCGCGACGCAGACGGCGGCGUGUGCGGAGGGGGAUGGUGGCGCGGCGUUGAGUCCUGGAGCGAGUAUGGGGGUGGGGGUGGGGAUCGGAGCUGUGGUUACGGGGGUGAUUACGGCGGUGGUGUGGUUGUGCGCGAUGCGGAGGAGGAAGAGGAGGGAAGGGGGGGAGGGAGGUCAAGGCAAUGUGAGGGCGGCGGGGGAGGCGCAGAUGGGUGGUGGGCCGGUCGAGUACCGCGAGUAUCCUGUGGUGCAUGAGUUGAAUCCGAUGAAUGCGUAUGUGGAGGCGGAUUGGAGCCACAGGAAGUCGUUGAUGCCGGUGGAGUUGCCGCAGACGCCUGUGGUGCGGAGGUAG